AUGCGUUCGGCCGCUACCUGGUCGAUCAACCGUGUGCGCGGACCCGGGGUCAGACUUGGAAGUCUAGGUCACAUUUCCGGCCCUAACCGGCCCGAGCCUCAACGUGCAGCACUGCUCACUAUCCAAGUUUCCCUGGACCAUGUCCCCGAAUCUAACUCUGAAACGUACCCUGGAGUGACGGCCUCCGGGCUCCGUCUAGUACCACCUCACGCUUCCUUUCAUGGCCAGCACCAGGGCGAUGCUGCACAGGUAAUCCCAGACUCGUGGUCAUCGUCGUCACACUGUUGCCAGUACUCUGGAGGCGCCACGCGACAGCACUAG